AAGAUGAGUCUCACCUGCUAGCCCGUGAGACCUGGUCUUGUAUAAUUUUUUUCCGUCCCAAGUCAGGUCACCCAGAAAUCUCCUCCUGAUGCUGAUCAAGCACGAGGGGAUCAAUCGCAUGGCGUCCUGGGGAAAUUAUGUGGCCUGGUAGGACCAUGAGGGCCGGACCAUCUCCACCACCAUGUGUGUUGAUGCUUCCGCGUGCCUCGGCAAGCUCCGCGAUCAGAUCCUUGUCGGACGCACUUCCUUCGCCGACGUCGCGGCACAGGACUCCGAUGGCUCCUCCACCUACCGCAGCGGCGACCCAGUGUCGUUUUUGUAGUUACAAUAUGAAGAUGAUUUGGAUGCUCAUGUUCAAGUUUGCAUCCUUGGGUGAGUUUUGGUUCUUCUCAACAUGAGAUAACUUUUUAUUUUCUUUCAUUCUUAUUUUUUAGCUCAUAUUCUGUCUAGCUAGCAUAGGAUCCAUGGAAGAUAUCCACUUGUGGGAAGACAAAUAGCUUGUUGGAAAGCAUGCUCGCUGACGGUGGCAUCCAGGACGACGAUGCGCUCGGGGACAACAACUACCACCCGCACGAAGGCAUUCCUGCGGAGGGCAGCGUCCAGCAGGGCGACGUCGUCCGCCUAUAUGAUGGCGUGCCCACGGAGGACUGUGUCCACCAAGACAGCGAGUUGUUGUACGGACGCCACAUCCUCGGCCAUGCCGUUCAGGAGGUUUGCUGCCUUGCACAGCCGACGAUGGUGACUAUGUGGCGCAUACAGACGGCCAACAUGCGCGCAGACGAUGGCCACGGCAUGGCGCAGGCCAAUGUCCAGCACUCGCACGCCUCGCGAAGUCGAGGAAUCUACGGACUCCGCCAGGUUCCCGUGGAUGACGACCACGUCAUUGUCAUUGUUGUUAUGGAGGACGAUCACCAUGAGCAGGCCAGUGAUGGCGAGACGUAUUGCACGCGGGCAGCCAGCAUGCGGGUGCCAAUGAUGGCCACUGCAUGGCGCAAGUCGACAGCCACCACCACUUGCACACAGGCGUCCACUACUUGCGCCGCUGCUCUUGCUGGCCUUCUCUGUGUUGUGUACUCUUUCCUUCUUAAUAUACUUGCAUGCAAUUCUCCUGCAUGUUCUCAGAAAAAAUGAAAAAAAAUAAGUAAAAUUGAAGCAAUUAUUUUUAGCUGAAAUUUCUUAUCUAUAUGCAAACUAAUUGUCUGUUUUUAGUACUCUUGCAGGACAUCAAAGAACAGUUGUUGCAGACUUUGGAUAUUGAUUAACUCAUUUUUGUUGUUUCUAAGCUUCCUUGAUUUUUCUAAUAUCUAUUUUGAUGUUUCUCUUGGCAGCAAGUAUCAAUUUAAUGCUUGAGAAGACUCGGACUCUGAAAAUUUUAAGUGUGGGAGAUUGUGCUUUCAAAGUUAUUGGUAAAGGUGAUUAUGAAUGAAUUCAUAUUUAUCUUAAGGUUAUUAAAAUACUUCAAAUGUAGUUUAAAUUUUUCUUUUCUUUAUUAACAUACAAGACAAGAUGUUCUCAACAUGCCCUCACGACCAUUACUUUGACAUUCCAUACCUGGUAAUCUCCAUGGCAAUUCGGUAACCAUAUUAGGAUGCACUGCUAUUUACUUUUUGAUUAAACUGAAUGAGCUAUUUUUAUGUUUAUUUUGAAGUAGCACCAAUAUGACAGGGGGAAAUGAUAUAAAACUCUACCUCGUGGCAAUUUUAAAAAUACCAAUUUUGCAGGUACUUGUGAUGUUGAUUGCCACUAUACAACUAGCCAGGCAGCUUGAUAGGUGACUAGAGAAAAAUGAGUGAAUAGGAGAAGGUAAAUGGCAAUUCUUUUCAAUUCUAUUUGGCAAAAUAAUGGCCAAACCAGUAUUGACGUCAGUACUGAAACCACAAAGGGGAUGUGUUACUGACUUCUGCCCUAAACAUCUAGAUAUAUGAAGCAAUGCAAUGAAAGCCGAACCCCGAGCGUGGGUGUGUUCUUAGGCCACUGAUUGUAAGUGACAUUGUAAACUAUAAUAAAUUGUUGUUUCUCAUAGAAGAAAAAAUAUGCCA